AUAUUCAUGUCUGCAGACUGCAGGCAUAGGAUCAACACAAAUCAUUCACAUCCCAACACAUUUGAAGUUCAAAAACUCUAGUCUUCUAUAUACAAUCAUUGUUUUUUAGAUCAAUCUCAUCUUUUCAACACAUACAACAAUGGGUUUUCGUUUACCUAGUAUCAUCAGAUCAAAGUCAUCAUCUUCAAAAGGUGUUCCAAAGGGAUAUCUAGCUGUGUAUGUAGGAGAGGAAAUGAAGAGGUUUGUGAUUCCUGUAUCAUACUUGAACCAAAUCUCAUUCCAAGACUUAUUAAGCCAAUCUGAGGAACAAUUCGGAUAUGACCAUCCAAUGGGUGGUAUAACUAUUCCUUGCAGUGAAGAUGUUUUCGUAGAAAUCACUUCUAGCUUGUUACACAUCCUUAAUAAAUUUGAGACCUUUUCUCUGUUGAGUUUGUUCUUCCUUCAAACAAGCACAAAAAUGGGUUUCCGCUUACAGUCUAUUCUAAGGGCAUCAGUAACUGCUAGACAAGCAGCAUCAAAAUCUGUAGAAAUACCGAAGGGCUAUGUUGCAGUGUAUGUUGGAGAGAAACAGAAGCGGUAUGUGGUUCAAAUAUCAUACUUGAACCAACCAUUGUUUCAAGACUUGUUGAAUCAAGCUGAGGAAGAGUUUGGAUAUGAUCAUCCCACGGGUGGUCUCACCAUUCCUUGCACAGAAGAUGUCUUCCAACGUAUAACUUCUAGUUUGAAUGUGCUAUAAACUUCACACGGAAAGAGAAUGACAUAGUUUUAUAGACUAGAGACAUUUUUGUAAACUAGGAAUCUUAUCAUAUUGUAGAGAUGGGAAAAGAAAUUACAAUUAUACUGACAAAUUUAUAGAGGACGUAUUUUUUUGCUUAAUGACAAUGAAUUCGAUUACUCAAA